AAGACAACGUUGAUAAAGAAAACAAACUCGUAAACUUCCUGAUAAUAAUCACAUAAGUAGUUUGGACUUAUUUUAAGAAAUAAAGUAUACGUAUUUAUUAUAUGAGCUGUGCGAAGAGAAUUCAAAGUAUGUUUAAACCGUUUCAUCUCCGAAAAGCAUGCAGAACGUUACAACUAUUGAGACACAACCACGCCAGGAGCUUGUGUUAUUCUAUUCAUGACCCGCCGUACCUUGACAGUUUGAAACCGAAGAUCCCCCAGUAUAAUCCAGUCAACAUUCAAAUAAAAGGCUACGAUUAUGCUUUAGUUGAAAGUUAUCAGAAAUUGGCUAACAAAAUAGCUUCAUCAUUAGAUUUAAAUAUUUCAGAUGCGUGGGCAACUCCAGCGACGAAAGCCAAAAUACAAAAAUUCAAACCAAAUGGAACAGUUAUCGAUAAAGAAUAUAUAUUGACGACAUACGAAAGAAACAUACAGAUUGAAGAGCUCUCUUCAACAGUGGCUCCCAUUUUGAUAGAACUUCUGCAAUGUGCUCUCCCUCAAGGCAUUUCCUUUCAUCUCCACCUACAUGAAGAGGAAGACGAUGUCAAACGCUAUGUCCCAGAUAUGGAACUGUCCGAGCUAAAAACCCAAUUGGAAGAAUUGGGAGGACCAGUUAAAAAGAAAUAAUAGUAAAAAGUAAAUUGUGGUAAUUACUUCAUAUUUAAUUUUGUAAAUAAAUAGUUAAACAAACAAGUCUUUUAAAUUUGUAUUGAACAAUAAUAAUAUUAAUGAAUUAACAUGUACAAAAACUAACUUUAAAGUAGUCAUUGA